UUUUGUUCCACCUCGUCCGACAUCGCGCUCCCGGCCGGACGGGCUUUUCUCUGGCCUACAAAGUGGUCACGUCGUAACCCCUGGACAUACGGGCUUCUCUCGACCUAAGUCUCUCCUCAUCGAUCAUACAAUACCCACCUCCAUUUACUGCUGCUCAUAGACCUCGACGCACCCGCUGAUACCCCGCCCCCACCUCGCCUUUCGUCGCAUCAUCGUCGCCUUCACUAGACCACCACCUCCACAGCCAUGGAUGUCGCCGCCAGCGUGCAGCGCCUGCGCAGCGGCAAGUCGGCCGAGUUCCCUGCCGAGGCCACGACGCUCGCGUUCGCCCAGUCUCUCGAUGCCCAGGACGUCAUCGGCCACCUUCGCAACGAGUUCAUCAUCCCCACAAGGAAGUCGAUGAAGAAGACGGCCCUGGACGGCACAAUACCAGGACAGAAGGCCACCGCCGCCUCCUCAGAAACAACAAACGGCACCACCAAAGAGGAGGACCAGGAAAUCAUCUACUUUGUCGGCAACUCGCUGGGUGCCCAGCCCAAGGCGGUCCGCGAAUAUGUCCACGCCCAGCUCGAGACGUGGUGCUCCAUUGGCGUCAACGGCCACUUCCGCACCCUCGACAACUCGCCCCUCACCAGCUGGCUCACCAUGGCCGAGGACUGCUCCCGCAAGUUCGCCCCCAUCGUCGGCGCCAGCCCAGACGAGAUUGUCACCAUGAACUCGCUCACCAUGAACCUCCACCUCAUGAUGGCCAGCUUCUACAAGCCCACCCCCAAGCGCCACAAGAUCAUCCUCGAGUGGAAGCCGUUCCCCUCCGAUCACUACGCCAUCGAGUCCCAGAUCACCUGGCACGGGCUCGACCCCAAAAAGUCCAUGGUCCAGCUAACCCCGGACAACGCGAACUUCUACAUCUCCACCGACCAGAUCCUCGCCGCCAUCGACGAGCACGCCGAGGAGACGGCUCUGCUCCUCCUCCCGGGCAUCCAGUACUGGUCCGGCCAGCUCUUCGACAUCCCCCGCAUCACCGCCCACGCCCAGUCCCUCGGUAUCGUCGUCGGCUGGGAUCUUGCGCACGGCGCCGGCAACGUUGAGCUCUCCCUGCACGACUGGAACGUCGACUUUGCCUGCUGGUGCACAUACAAGUACCUGAACGCCGGUCCCGGCGCGAUUGCCGGCGCCUUCAUCCACGAGCGCCACGGCCGCGUGACCUUUGACGAGUCCACGGGCGCCCCGAUCUUCCGGCCGCGCCUGACGGGCUGGUACGGUGGCGACCUGUCGGUGCGGUUCAACAUGGACAACAAGUUCCUCCCCACGCCCGGCGCGAGCGGGUACCAGUGCGCGAACCCCUCGGCGAUCGACAUGGCCGCGCUGUCGGGCGCGCUGUCGGUGUUUGAGAAGACGGAUAUGAAGACGCUGCGCGACAAGGCGGUGCUCAUCACCGCAUAUGCGGAGUACCUGCUGGACGACAUGGUGGCCAGCGAGAAGCGCGACACGCCGUCGUUCCGGAUCAUCACGCCGCACGACCCCAGGGAGCGCGGCACCCAGCUGAGCGUGCUGCUCCGCGAGGGCCUGCUGGACCGGGUGCAGGCCAACCUCGAGGAGGCGGGCAUCGUGUGUGACAAGCGCAAGCCUGACGUGAUCCGGGUCGCGCCCGUGUCCAUGUACACGCGGUACGUGGACGUGUGGCGGUUCAUGGAGACGUUGCGCAAGACGUUGGAUGAGGAGGAGACGCAGUGAUGGACGUAGAGUAGAUGAUUGAGAAAUAGACAUUUGUACAUGAAUAAUAUGACUAAGACAUAUAUGGGCG